AUGUCGAGCCGUCUACAAAUCGACUCUGUCAUCGAUGAUGAUGAUGAGUUCUGCCCCCUUUGCAUCGAGGAGUUCGAUCUGUCGGACAAAAACUUCAAACCCUGUCCCUGUGGAUAUCAAAUUUGCCAAUUCUGUUACAACAAUAUCAAAACCCACAGCGAAGAAGGCCGAUGCCCUAACUGCAGACGCCCUUACGAUGAAAGCACCAUACAAUAUAAGGUUCCCGAUGCAGACGAGUUCAAGGCGGACUUGGCAUUGAAACAUCGCAAGGCUGCGGCUGCAAAGAAGAAAGAGGUCGAAAAACGCGAAAUCGAGGCCUCCAGUCGGAAGAAUUUGGCUGGUGUCAGGGUCGUGCAGAAGAACCUGGUGUAUGUGAUCGGCCUCAACCCCACAAUACGCGACGAGAACCAGCUCCUCCAGACACUUCGUGGACCGGAAUACUUUGGGCAGUAUGGAGAGAUCGAGAAGAUCGUUGUCAGCAAGGCAAAGCCCGGUGGCAAUCCCAAUCAGGGCAUAGGUGUCUAUGUUACCUACGCUACCAAGUUGGAUGCCGCAACGUGUAUUGCCGCUGUGGACGGAUCGGCGAAUGGCGAUCGGGUCCUCAGGGCGCAAUACGGCACGACGAAAUAUUGCUCUUCGUUCCUCCGCAAUGAGCAAUGCAAUAACCGAAACUGCACCUUCCUCCACGAGACCGGUGAAGACAGUGAUAGCUAUACUCGGCAGGAUCUCUCCUCGAUGAAUACGAUUUCGACUCAGCGCUCAGGCCAUCCAAGCGGUCCCCCUAACGGUCCCGGCAACGGUAUUCCUCCGCAUGUCGCCCGCUCAUCUGCCCAGCCGAUCUCUCAAACCCUACGUCGGCAACCCAGCAAGGAUGACGCAGCAAGCCGCCCGCCAGAUGGACCCGCUCUCCCAUCAUCUGCGAGCUGGGCAAACAAGGAUGCUCCGAUCAACCGUGCACGACGAGGAAGCUUGACUGGUAGCCAGCCUUCCCAGAGUCCGCGCCCCGGCAUUGCUACCAUUACCCCUACUGCGGAGGAACCGAAACGCAUUGAGAAGCAGCCGCCCUCCACCCAAGACCGUCGUCAAACUUCGUCGCCGGCAGAUGCACGGUCUUCCCCGUCCGUAUCGUCUCGCAAGUCCGAGAAGCCGCCCGCAGACCCCGAGGCUCCGCUGCUGGAGAAUCUUCUUAAUGCAGUCAAUUCUCCUGGUUUCAAAUUCGUCUUUUCGACAGCAGGAUUAUCUGCGGAAGAUCUGGCAUUGAUCGAGAAACAUGCCUCGUUUAUCGAUCCGUACGGUGGUGUUAAGCGCAGGGCGAUGCGGGAAAAGGCCGAGCAGGAACGUGCGAAACGGGAACAGGAACUGCUGCUCUCUACCACUGUUGAAGAGGAGGGUAGAGAAAGUGGGAGUCUCCAGCUCGGUGGUGAGCCGGAUGAUGCGCUUCCUGCUAGAGGCAGGGAAACCCGUGAAUCACACGGUGCCAUCCAGCCACCAUCCCAACAGGGCACUACCGAUAACUCUGUCGUUGGCUCGCCUAUGUCAGCAACGAGCAAUCAGUUCCAGAACCUCAACCUCCAAGGUCGCAGUCUAACGCCCCUUCAGCAACAGCAGUUGAUGCUUCUAAAGUCUGCCAACAAUCAGCAGGCUGGUUUGGUGGAUCCUCUGCAAAGUGCUGCGUUUGACCAAGCGACCCAGGCUCGGAACAAUCUUCUUCAAAACCAGUUGGCGCAAUACAAUGCGUUGCAGGCGCAGAACCGCCAAUCUCGGUUUUCUUUUGCCAACGAGGCCAACGCCAAGAACCUUCCCAACGUCCGCAUGUUGAACCAGCAGGCGCAGCAGGCGUCUUUGAUGCAAUCCGGGACUCCGAACCCGCUAGCCGCGCCCACUCCUCAGCACGGUAUUGCCAACAACUACUACACCAGUGGAGUCCAGGGUCCCCCUCCCGGCCUGAAGACUGCUGGAACCCCUCCCAUUAGCGGAGGCGGGAUGUUCGCCCAAGGCCAUGGGUUCACAAACGCCAAUCUUGCCAACCUCGGAAAACAGGAUGCCAAUCCAGAGUUGAUGCGCGAACUGCUGCGUGGUCGCAGUGGUACGAAUACCGGUGGUUUACAGAGCCAGGAGGCUGCGAAGCGUGAGUUUCUCUUUCCUUUCCUUCAGCACCAGACUCCCCCUCCCCUGACUCCCACGAAUGGCCUUCUCAGCUCUUUCUAUGGCAAUCAGACGGGGGCGUACCCUGAAACUGGGCCACAGAAGCAUAAGAAGAAGGGGAAGAAGCACAGACACGCUAACACUUCCUCCGGUGGAGGCGGUGUAGUAGAUCUUGCGGACCCGAGUAUUUUGCAGGCGAGAAUGCACCAAGUCGGUGCCAAUGCUACUGCUGGACAGGCACUCUACGGGAGUCAGGGACAAGUUGACGAAGAAUUCCCGCCUCUUGGUGCGCAGCCCAAGGACAAGCGUCCAGUCGACAGUUUCGGAUUCCUCUCGCGCCUUUCCUCGGAGCCUCACGGGUCGAUUCGCAAUGGGACACCAACACUUCCACCAGGGCUUCCCCUGCCGCCGUCUCAUCUAGCUUCAUCUCUCCUGCAAAGUCCGUUGAAUCCGUCAAGUCCAGUGACAUCUGUGCCUCCCGGUUUAAGCCAUCCGUUCUCCCGAGUUGGCACGCCUUCCCAGUCUCAAGACAACAUCUCCCGACUUCAAUCACCGGAGCCUAAGGAGACUCCAGAUGCUGCGCCUUCGUCGAGCAGAGUCAAGAAUGCAUCGCAGAUCUCGCUGGGAUCGCCCGUGCCAAAGUCCGCUAGCAAAUCCCGAACCCAGUCUAAAAGUGACUUGACUGCCAUCGGCGAUAAGAAGGAAACGCCUACGACUACGAAGCCAAAGCCAAUGAAACUCGAUUUACCAGGAACUACCGCCCCGCCGCCUGAAGUCUCUCCUUCUAAGGUGGAACAAUCGGUUCAGAGUGUUCACGGACAAGCCCCGCCCUCUGCUCUUGGCUCUCGUCCCAAUACCCCAAUGACUGGUGUUUCGCGCUUGUCUGAUUCGUCUGCCCCUCGUCAACACCGGGUUCUUCGUGUUGUGGACACACCCAAGACCGAGACGCCGCCCCCUGUUUCUGCCAACCAGUCCGUGUCAUCUAACCAGGCGACGGCGAAGGCUCGUUCUAGAAUACCGAGUAUCUCCUCUAACAGUCGGCCAGAGACACCAGGCGAUGGCGGAUCUGAAGUUGACCAGUAUACGUCCGCAUCCGUAUCUCGUGCCAACUCGCCUCCUGCUUCGUCCAGAAUUGGAUCUGCACCUGUACGGUCCAUGACCAAGAAUCAGGCGAAGAAGGAAAGAAGACAGAAGGCUAAGGAGGCAGAGGCUAAGAAGAUUGAAACGGCGUCUGUAUUGACGGAAGAACCGAUUAUUGCACCAAUCGUUGGACGCAAGCGUAAGACCAAGAAGGCGCCGGCCAGCGCCAAUGCGGGACCGUCGAAUGCGGCUGCAGAAAAUGCUGCAGAACCUGCCAAGCCUAGCGAGGUCGCUGACAAGGGUGCUGACGAGAAAGCGCAAAAGGCGAAGGUCAAGGACAAGCAGCCGAAGGAGAGCAAGCCUAGUCCCACUGAGGAGAAAGCCCCUGUUCCUGAUACGAAACCCGCUGAGGAAACAUGGCGGUCGAACAACACUGUGGAACAGAUGCUCAAAGACGCUGAAGCUAGUGAGAACUCGGUUAAGGAAUUGUUUUCGGAGCGCACACAUCCGCUACAGAUGUUGCUUUCUCAGCUUCACAGAUCUGGGACUCUUGAUCUUAACAAUCAUCCGCUGUUCAACCCGGCCAGUCUAAGCCAACGGUUCGAUAUGAAAUGCUUGGCAGAAGACUAUGAAACCUUGAAGCACCCGAUUGAGCUGACGGACGAAGAUCGCAAGAUUCUGCUUCGUGGAGAACCAGUCCGUAUCAACGCAGACUCCAACAUGUUGAAGGAUCGUUGCCUCAUCAGUCCCCGUGGAUGUGUUUUGCACCACUUGUCGCCUGAAGAAGAAGAGAGAUAUCUCGCCCUGGAGAAAAGCAUUGCGUGGACCGUCGAUUCCUUCCAGGAAUAUCCCGCCGCCCCCAUCACGGAACCUGAUACGACCAACCGUGCUGGCGGUCUCGAUGCGCUCUUUGCUACGCCGGAGAACUUCAAUCUCUGCUGGGUGGACGACGCUGCGGCCGGUCUUACUUCGGGAUCCCCCACUGCAUCUUUUUCAGGAAUCGAAAACAUUGCCCCUGGAAACCCUCCUAACGUUCUCUCUGCAAUGGAGGCAGACAGCACCCGAACCCACAACUGGGCCAUUGCCAACACCGCUGAACUGGUCAACGCGACGGCUGCUUCUGUCCGGUCCUUUGCCGCAGCUACCGCCAAGCACAUGCUGGGUGCCGCCGGCGUGGUCAUGGGCAAUAUCCCCGAUCUCGACGACGUUGUUGGUAUGACAGACGAAGAGCUUCGCUCGUUUGCGGUCAAGUCGCAGAAAGAACUUGAGACUUCGCGGAAGGAGCUAGAUUCGAUUGACAAGAAGCUUAAUGCGUUGGUGAAGCGGAACAAGAAGCUCGCUCAGCAGGCUCUGGCCACGACUGUUGAGGGUCAACGUGUAUCCUGA